AUGACUGAUGCUUUAAAUUCUGAAGAACAGUUCUUAACGAAAUAUCCCGAAUAUGAUGGGCGUGGAAUAUUAAUUGGAAUACUCGACACGGGCGUCGAUCCCUCCGUUCCAGGUCUUCAGGUUACGAGUGAUGGGCGUCGUAAAAUUGUUGACGUAAUAAAUUGUACAGGUGCAGGUGAUGUCGAUACGUCAACUGUUAGAACGAUUGAAAAUGGUCGAAUUUUGGGGCUUUCUGGUCGAGAGCUCAAAAUUCCUGAAAGCUGGAUCAACCCAACGGGAAAAUACUUUGUUGGUAUAAAGCCAAUUUUUGAACUAUAUCCAGAUAGUUUACUUAAGCGAAUGAAGAAAGAAAGGAAAAUGGAAUUCGACAAUAUUCAUCGGGCGGAAUUGGGUGAUGCUCGUCGACUCUUAAAUGCUCAUGAGGAAAAUGUUGGCGCAACUUCGGAUAAAAUUAUCGACAAGGAAGAACGCGAAAAUCUUAAUAGUUAUGUAGAAUUACUAAAGAAAUACGAGAAUAUGGAAGAUUUCGGUCCAGUUGCUGAUUGCAUAGUAUUCCACGAUGGAGAAAAAUAUAGAGCGUGCAUUGAUACUUCGUUUCGAGGUCGUCUUAAUAUGGUUCAAUUAUUAACUGAUUUUCGUGAAAGUGGCGAAUAUGCUCAACUUUCUGACAAAGAUAUGUUAAACUAUAGUGUGAAUAUUCGCAAUGAAGGUCGUUUAUUGGAAAUAUGCGUACCUUGUAGUAACCAUGGUACUCACGUUGCAAAUAUUGCCGCAGCAUAUUGUCCAACGGAACCAAAAAGAUCAGGUUUAGCUCCUGGUGCUCAGAUUGUAUCUUUAUGUAUCGGCGAUAGUCGCCUAGGCACAAUGGAAACAGGGACAGCAUUUACAAGAGCGGCAAGUUUAAUUAGUUUAACUAGUUUAAUUGCUUAUUGUAUUGAAAUGAAAGUUGAUGUUAUUAAUGUAUCAUAUGGCGAAGCUGUUCAUUUUCUUAAUGUUGGAGAUAUAAUCGAAAAAUUUGAUGAAAUGAUUAAAAAACAUGGAAUUUUGGCGGUUUGUUGCGCUGGAAAUGGAGGACCGGCUUUAUCAACUGGUUCAGCCCUUGGUAGUACUUCAUCUUAUGCCAUAGGUGUUGGUGCAAUUGUGUCCCCUGAAAUGAUGGAAACAAUGUAUAGUACUCGGGAUCAAAUACCUUCUACAUUUUUCCAGUGUGCCGAUGGUGCAAUGGGUGUUUCUUUUGCUGCACCAGGUGCAGCGAUAACUGGCGUUGCUAAAUUUUCUCUUAGAGGAAACCAGCUAUUAAAUGGUACUUCGAUGAGUUCACCAAAUGCAUGUGGAAGUAUAGCUUGUUUACUUAGUGGUUUGAAAGCGAAAGGAGUUUCGUGGAGUCCCUUUUUAAUUAGGCUAGCGCUUGAAAAUACUGCUGCUUUUUGUACAAGUUUUUGUCGCUUUGCUGCAGGCAAUGGUAUAUUGCAGAUUGAUUCUGCUUUUGAAUUCACCAUGAAGCACCAUAAAUCAAUUAGUCCAUUGCUAACUAAUUUUGAUGUGCGAGUUGAUGAAAACGGUAAUCGUGGCAUUUAUUUGCGGGAACUUUAUGAAACAAAAAAAGCUCGAGAAUAUAGUAUUUUAAUUGAGCCAAUUUUCAAACCUAAUUCAGAUAACGAAGAAAAAAUUAAUUUUGAAAAACAUCUAGUGUUCACCUGUGAUGGUUCUUUUGUUUCAUAUCCCAAAAAGAUGGAAAUGAUUCACCAAGAUCGAAGUAUAAAUGUUUUGAUAGAUCCAACCAAUUUACAGCCCGGUAUUGCGAAUUUUACUCAAAUCCUAGCCUAUGAUUCUGAUAAUAUAACAUUGGGUCCGCUGUUUCGAAUUCCGAUUACUGUGAUUAAACCAUUGGUUUUGGAUGAAUCGUCAUUGCUGUUAAAGUCAAUGGAUGAGCGAAAAGUUAAGAUAUAUAUUCAAGCAGUGCAAAUCGUCCCUAAUACAAAUUAUCGUUUUACAGAAUUUCGUAAAUUGGUGACACUGGAACCAUUGUCAGAAGUGUCGUAUAUAAUCCCUUUGAAAAGUGGACGGACUAUGGAAUUAUGCAUAACAAAGACGUGGCAAUACAUGUUUGAAUCAGAUAUUUCAGUUGAACUAAAUUUUCGUGGUACAAAACCUCUGUCACAGUCUUUAAAUUUCAUGUCUAGCGAAUUUGUACAUACUUUUCAUGUACGUAACAUCAAUUCUUGUUUUGAUUUAAUUUCACCUGCCAUAACUUAUCGCCAUUUAUUUCAACCAAUACAACCGUCAGAAUCAAAGAUUGAACCACUAUUACGAAAAGAUGAUUUAACAUCUUCGGAUGGGCCGCCGAUGUUACGUUUGCUUCUAUCGUAUUCUUAUACCCAAAUCCAAGCCAGUGAAGUAACAAUUUUCUUUCCUGGUAUAUCGCGAUAUUUGUACGAAAAUUGUUUGAAUGAUGUCUUCAUUAUGAUAUUCUCACAGAGUAUGGAAUAUAUUUCAAGUAGCAGUUGUUUUCCAGAGAAGUAUGCCUUCAAACUUGAGAAAGGUGAAUAUCGAAUUCGGGUACAAAUUCGUCAUGAAAAUGAUCAGUUGCUUGAAAAAUAUCGUGAUAUGCCUAUCACGGUCAAAUCGAGACUUCUGCAUCCGAUUAAUGUAGAUUGCUACUCUGAUCUGCAAAGUGCUGUGAAAGGUUCUGGGAAAAGAAUAAUCGACAAAAUGAUGAAACCUGGCGAACAAUUAGUCGUAUACUUUAGUCGAUUAUCUGAAGACAAGAUACCAAAAAGUGUAGUCGGUGGUUUCUACUUACACGGUAUGCUAGCUAUUGCGAAAAACGAUUUAGUACGCAAAAUCGUGCAAUAUCCGAUUACAUAUGUGUUCAGUGAAAAACCACAAUGGCACUCGAAAGGUCAUUCCUCAGUAAACGUUGUAAAGAAAAAAGAUGAUGCUUUAGUUAAUGGAUUGCAAAUUAUGAAUGAUGCCAUUCGCGACGUGCAAAUUAAGUUUCUUCAAAGAGUGAAUAAAACAGAUGCAGCUAAAAUAAUUGAGCAACUCGCAAAGGAUUAUCCCGAUUCAAUAAUGACUAUGCAGUCGAUACUUUCUUAUUUAGUUAACAAAAGACAAUCAAAUGAUGUCGAUGAUCCCGUGAAAGCAGAUGAGCAGAUUUUCGCAUUGAUUGAAAGAAUUCUUGUAUUUGCCAAACCAAAUGAAGUGCUUAAAUAUUUUGGAGCUAAAGGUCAAUUCCUUGAGGCAGAUAUUGCACAAAAAUCGUGA